AGCGCGUUAGGUUUUGCCGGUGCAAUAUGUAAGCCAAAAGUUCGUGCACUUUGCAGUCAUUUUGGUCAAUUUAAUUAAUGCAAUUUGCGCCAAUUUAACGAGUGAUGCAACGUUAAUAUACUUCCGAAUUUAUCAGUUAGCAAAUAGUUGCAUUUUUAAUCGAUCCGAUGACAUUGUGAUAAGUUAAAUAAUGGCAUUAAAUAGUGGAAAUGGUACAGUCCCAGACUCCAAAUUGGGAGAUGAGCAUGUCGCAGUGCAAAAGCUUCAGCCCGAUGCCAAGAUCUAUGACCGCCUAAUGACACUGAGCGGGUUUUUCAAGCAGCAAUACGGCGAUGAACCAGAGUUCUAUGUGCGUGUACCCGGACGCGUCAACAUAAUAGGCGAACAUGUCGACUACUGUGGUUACUCGGUGCUGCCCAUGGCCGUGGAGCAGAGCAUUAUUCUAGCCGUGGGCACAAACAAGCAACGGGCGCAACUAGAGCUGCAUCAUCUGGAUGAGGGCAAAUUUCAAAGCUUUGAUUGCGAUCUAAGUGACCUUGAGAUCAAGCUGCCCAAGACUGGAGGACCGGGCUGGUACAGCUACUUUCUGUGUGGCAUUAAAGGCAUACAGGAAGAGCUGAAUGACAAGUGGCGUCCAAUUGGUAUGCGCAUUGCUCUCAGUGGCAACGUUCCUUUGGCCGCCGGACUGUCCAGUUCCAGUGCUUUGGUCAGCGCUGCUGUACUGGCUACAGGACAUGCUCAGGGCAUGCCGUUGGACCGCAAGCAGCUGGCCUCGAUUUCGGCAAGCUGUGAGCAAUAUAUUGGCACACACAGCGGUGGCAUGGAUCAAGCCAUUGCCUAUCUGGCGAAGCAGGGCUGCGCCCAACACAUCGAAUUCCAUCCAAAGCUGAAGGGAACGCCGGUUACGUUGCCCGCCGGAAGUUGCUUUGUGGUCGCCAAUAGCCUUGUGCAGAAGCGGAAAGCAGCCUCUUCCGACUACAACGAACGCGUCGUCGAAUGUCGCUUGGCUACGCGUUGGCUAGCAAAGUCGCAGAAGUUGCCCAACUGGAAGGAUCUUAUCAGAUUCGUAGAUCUCCAGGAGGCUUGUCAUUUGGAUAAUGAUGCAUAUGUGAAGCUCAUUGAUCAGCAGUUGAAAAAGUCGAUUUACACACGCGAGGACAUUUGCGAGGGCCUCGGGAUCACGGAACAAGAGUUGGAAACAGACUUCCUAACACCCAGCACCCAGCACAUGCAGCAGUUCAAACUGCGCCAACGGGCUUUGCAUGUUAUCCAGGAGGCGGGUCGAGUAGUCAAGUUUCGUCAAAUUUGCGAGCAGCUACAACGGCGCUCCAGCAAACAGGACAUUGAGCAGCUGGGUCAACUCAUGCAGGAGUCCCAUCACAGCCUGCGCGAGCUCUACGAGUGCUCGCAUCCGGAUUUAGAGCGCCUCGUGGCCUUAUCUGCCAAGCAAGGCGUCAGCGCGCGUGUUACGGGCGCGGGCUGGGGCGGUUGCAUUGUGGCCAUGUGCGACUCAGUAAAGGCUGCUUCAGAUUACGUCAACGUACUCAAGCGCGAGUACUACGCUCAAUUGCCUGCUCAUCUCUUGGAGCGCUAUCAGCCCAACGACUUCAAUGAAGUCGUCUUUGCCACGUUCCCCAGUAACGGUGCCGAGCUGUUUGUACAAUAAUCAAAGACACUUUUGUAAACCUGUAUAUAAUAUAGCACCUCCACUCCAUAUACUUUUUUUAUUGAGCUAUUGCACAUUCUG